UGUCUGUGAGAAAUUUGGUGAUUUUUGGUGGCUGUUUUGGUACAUUAAGUUACGUUAAGCCUUUUCACAUUAAGCGUUUUAGAAUAUCCCAACCCAGAUCUGUCUCUGCUGGCUAAUUAUUUGCGAAAAUUGCUCAGCGAGCCAAUAUUACAAAAUGUUCGCGUUAAAUUGCUUUAGUAGUGACAUAUAGUGCGCAAAUACUAAAAACAUCUAGGUGUACAAGAAACUCAUAUUUCUGCAGUAUUUGCAGGCCACAAUUGAUAUAUGAAUACAUAAACAAUUCAAGUUGCCGGGGGUGGGAGGGUCCUGCCCUCCGCUGCACGGCGUAGCAAGUUCGAAUCCUGCCGACUUGAAGCUUUUGCUGCCGCUUAGGAAGCACGAGGUGCCCGUCUGCGCCGCCGGAAAGUGCGUCCUAAACGUGCACAGGGCUGGGAAGUUUAUAGACCUUCAAACGCUUCCGAUACCGAUACUCCGCCAUUUUCCGGAGCCGGGAGGCCCGCGAUUCGGUUCCCCCACCCCGUCAGCAACCUUUGGCCGCUUUCUCGGCGAGGCGCCCGGCGAGCAUCCCGUGACCGGAUAGGAGACGUCGGACAGCUGCGUGACUCUUUGCUGAGCUCGGGGGGAAAUGCACGUACGGGCAGCGUAAGUGCGUCUGCUUGCGAUCGAGAAGCUGAAACACGAGCGAUCGCGGCGGCUGCGGCACGAUGCCGGACGGGCUGAUCACCAGCAGGCCUCUCCAGAAUGAGACCACGGGCAUAGACCUGCAGGUGCCGCUCUUCCAGGAGGUGCGCGGCUCCAUGAUGACCGGCCACGUCCAGUACCAGAUCGUGGUGGUGACGCGCCUCGCUGCCUUCAAGUCGGCCAAGCAUCGGCCAGCAGACGUGGUCCAGUUAGUGGUCUCCAAAAAGUACAGUGAGAUGGAGGAGCUGUACUGCAGGCUGGCUGCAUGCUACCCCGCGGUCCCCUUGCCGGCAAUGCCCCGGAAGGCCCUCUUAGUGGGCGAGACGGAAAUCCGCGAGCGAAGGGCUGCCUUCGACGAGCUCGUCAAGUUCCUCUCCAGACACCGAACCCUGGCCACCUGCCCUGAGCUCCUGGGCUUUCUAGGAGCAAAGAUGACUGAGGUGGCUGACAAAACCAGGAACGUCCCUGACGAGGAGGAGGAGGAGGACAGAGACGCGGUGGAUUUUUUUCAAACGGAGGAGGUUUCCACAGCGGAACUCACCGCAGGGCCCAAAGUGAAAACAAAGCCCGUCACCCCGGUGAUGCCCGCUGAGGAGGAGGAGGAGGAAGAGGAGGAGGUUCUGGACCCACUGGGGAUCUUGCGCUCCAGGAAGCCAAAGAAGGGGCUGGUCGCCGAUGCGGCCAGUCAGCUGGAGAAACCUGCAGCAAAACCUGCAGCAAAACCUGCGAUGGCCACGUUCUCGCUCUUCGAUGACGAGGUCGACCCGGAUGAGGACCUGUUUGGGGCAGCAGGGCGGCCAGAAGGGGGCCAGGCUGCCCCCUCUGCCAAGGGCAGCUCGCUGAGGCUGUUCGAAGACCCCGAUUUGGGUGGGGCCGUGAAUGUGGGCGACUCCCUGCUUCUGCCGACAGCCUAUGAGGUGGGCGGGGGCGGAGCCAAGCCAGAUGAGGAUGUAGAAGAGCUCUUCAGGGUGGAGGAUACCUUGGACAAGCUUCUGAUGGUAAGCAAAGGGGAGAAACCAGCCCUCAGCCCUAAACCGCCCCCCAAACCCAAGCCGGCGCUGCCCAAAAAGCCCACGUCUGUGUCCCAGAAUAGUGCCGCCCUGGUGGCUGGUCCCGCAUCUGUCUCUGCCCCAGAGGCCAAAAUCCAGACCAUGGGUCAGAUGGACAUCCUGCGAUACAUCCAACAAAAUGAGGCCACCACUGGUGAUGACCUGGACCUGUUCUGACUGAGAAACUUUUGGAGGAACAGACUUUUUGGUAGGUUUUAAUCAGAAUGUUCUCAGACCUGCUCGGGGGAACAAGUCCGAUGUGGGGAGGACGGUGCUUUGGUCUGCUGCCCUUUCCUUUCGGAACCGAGGCCCAGGAAAGGCUUCAGAUUCUUUGAGCGUUGGAGGAAUACACAAUCUUUUGGCUAACAGCAGAGUAAAACGAGGAGCUCGUUCUCAUGACGACUGAGCUAAGAACAAUUUUUCUGUUUUUAAACCAGUGUGUGUUAUGCAAAAGAGUAACAAUAGAGGUAUUAAUCAUAAAUGAAUGAUGUCAGAUUUUUUUCUUUUUGCGUUCCUCCUUCAAUGCCUGUGAAAUGUUUGCCUCUGUAACCAGUCUCUCUAAAACUUGAGGAAGAGUGGAUGAGAGUCUCGCCUUUAAUCUGUCUGAUGUGGCGGCUGGCAGAGCGAAGACUCGACGAAAAUGGGAAUCUUCCUCCUAACCGUCACGCUGAUCAGACUGUUUCUUUCUGUCCUGUCAAGACUGAGACAAGGCUUGUUUUUACUCGGGGGAAGGAAGUUUUUAGAAGGACUUUGAACGAACCUACAACGCAGACACCAGAGACGUCUGAAGGUCAAUGGUGUGUGUUUUUUUUUUGAUGAUCAAUAAAGUUCAAACUGAUUUGAUAA